UUGUACAAAACUGAUUAGUGGCCUCGCAGUUUGAGGUUACUACCAAGUGUCUCACCAACAUGCUCUUGUCUUUGUUGUCUGAAAUACAUGUCCCACCUGUUAGCAUCAUAUAAACUGGCCAGUCUGCCCCCUCACUGCUCAUGUUAGCUAUGACUGAGAAGAGAUCCCGCAGCUCCUCUCGGGAGCCUCCGCAGAAACAGAGGGAACACUCCAGUCAAGCCUCUAAGAGGGAGAAAAAGGCAAGCCAAGGUUCUGGAAGGUCCCGGAGCAGUCAAAACAGAGAAUCUGCCAAAAAUGAUACAAAGGUCUCUGCGGUGGUAGAUGUUGAUGAUGUUGUGGGGUCUGAUGCAGAAACAGAAAUUAUGGCCCUUCUUGAGACAAGCCAGAAGGAUGAUGGUGUAAAGCCUGCAGGAUUCAGAGUAUUUGAAGGGCUGUUAAUUUUCUGUUGUCUGCUGCUGGUCAUCCUUACCUUGCCACUCUCUAUCUGGUUCUGUGUAAAGGUUGUACGUGAAUAUGAACGUGCUGUAAUAUUCCGACUGGGGCGCAUGCUUUCAGGAAGGGCAAGAGGACCUGGUCUCUUCUUUUACCUACCCUGCUUGGACAAGUGCCAUAAAGUAGACUUUCGUUUGAAGACUUUUGAAGUUCCUUUUCACCAGAUUGUGACAAAGGACCUGGUUACUUUGGAGAUUGAUGUUAUCUGUUACUAUCGCUUGGAAAAUGCCUGUCUUUUUCUAACCAGUGUCAGCAGCAUCUCCAGUGCUUUCCAGUUGUUGGUCCAGACUACCACCAAACGGCUCUUGGCACACCGAGCUUUCUUAGAUAUCUUACUGGAAAGAAAGAGUAUUGGGGAGGAAGUGAAGGUGGCUCUGGAUGCAGCUACCUGUCACUGGGGAAUCAAAGUGGAAAGAACUGAAAUUAAGGAUGUAAAACUUCCAGAAGAGGUAAAGCAAUCUAUGGCAGUAGAAGCAGAAGCACAAAGGCAUGCUAAAGUCAAGGUAAUUGCUGCAGAAGGAGAGAAAACAGUAUCUGAAUACAUUAAGCUGGCUGCUGAAAAACUAUCUGGAUCCCCAACAGCAAUUCAGUUAAGAUAUCUGCACACACUGCAAUGUAUGACUUCGGAAAAACCAGCCACAUUUGUCUUGCCUUUACCCUUUGACUUAAUGAACCUGAAUGCAGUGGCCAGAUUGCCUGAGAUUAAUCCAACCCCAAAUACUCCUAAAUCAGAUAAUGAUACUGAACAGGGGACAAAGAAGGACUCUCCAAUGCUUUAACUUGACAUCAUUAUUUGAUAACAGUAUUAGAAAUGGAUACACUGUUAAAGGCAAAGUUUUACAGACUAUUUACAUAUAAACAGUUCUUAAGAACAGUACAUUUUAUUUUGUUUGAUAAACAGGGUUAUAUUGUAAAAAAGAUUUGGUACUGAUGGAUUUUAUUAAAAUCAGUACUGGUAUAAUGUAUGCUAUACAUUUCAAAUAUACAAACCAGGGGGUGGGUUAUGUUAUAACCAGCAAUUAUUCAGCUUUCUACUAUUGUCUGUCUUCGGUUACCAAGAAAAUAAAAAGAGGGAGAGGGUACUGUAUGUUUUGACCACUGACACAAAAUGCACUCAUAAUGGAUAUAGCAAACAGGCUAAAUAAAGUCAGUUUUUCUCAA